CGAAUUAAAAACAAAAAACCACAAGAGAUCUCAGUGAAAAAUGUCGGAAAUCAAUCAACAAUGAACAACAAUUAAAACCAUUUUUCUGUUAUAACAUAUGUGAAAAUGUGAACAAUGAAAAUAUAUACAAAAUUAAUCCACAAUUGGGACAGAAAUUGGAAACUUUCAAACAAUUGCCGACGGCCCCGUUUUGAGAACCUUCCCUGCCUUCUGUGUCUGGCCACGCGCCAUUCAAAAACCCUAGCAAAAAUCUCAGAGAGCAGCACCAUCAACGUUUAUGUGUCCGUUACUCUGUCUGAGAUUCCAAAACGCUCCAUAAAACCCUAGUGAGAAACCCCAGUUCACCAAUCCAAUCCAAUCCAGUCCAAUCGAUCGAUACUUUCUUAUGCACACAACAUGUUUGAUGAAUUGGUUCAAUUGAUAAAGCUUGCAUUUUAAUUGAAUUUGGGAAUUUUGUGCAGCCGCAAGUUGAUGUCAAUGGCUUCCCAGAAGAACCAAUCACUCUGCUUGCUGCAAACAGCGAAGGCACGUACAUUGUUGGCGGAGGCUCGUCGGGGAAUAUCUACUUGUGGGAGCUUAAUUUUCCUAAUAAUUUUUCUUUAUCUCUUUGAAUUUAUCUUUUUUUAAGCUCUGAAAUGCUAAUGAGCAUUUUUUUUUUUUUUUUGUAUUUAUUUAGGUUAAUACUGGUAGACUGAAAAUGGCAUGCUCACAACAGAGGUGUUAGUUGCUUGGUAAUUUUGGAUGAUGGCUCCCUGCUGAUUUCGGGGUCGGAGGAUGGAGGCAUUAGAGUUUGGUCUCUUUAUAGGAUGUUGGCGCAGGAUAUGGUGGAUGCAAAGCCAUUAGCAUGUCAGCAUCCCAGGAUCACACGUGUUUGGAGCGUAGGAAGUGGGAGAUUAUUGAGAAAUAUUGUUUUCCUACUAUAAUUGAUGCGAUUGCACUGGAUACUGGUGAAAAUGUCUUCUUUGCCAGUGGUAGAAAUUGCAAGAUAUAUGUUGCUGCACUUAAUGCUGAGAGCCUGCUUAACAGCAACAAAGUUUUUACUUGCUUAGCAUAUGGCAUUUCUGGAAAUUAUUUGAUUUCUAGAUUAGAAGAUGGCGUGUUCGAGUUUGGGAUGCUAGAACUCAUAAUAUUCUUCGCGUGUUCAAAAAUGCAAAAGGUCCAGUGAAUAAUAUUCUAGUCGUUCGACAACACUUUUCUGAGAAAUAUUGUUCUGACUUCAAUUGAAGACCUCAUACAAGUUUGGAUCACUUUGCAUUAUGUCCAGACGAUCUUCAUUCUCCCCGAAAGCAAAGGAAAUGACCAUUCUGCUGAAAUUUGUAAUGCAGCAGCCAACCACCGGUUCUACUAAUGCAUGCAGGCUUCUCUCCCUUUCAAAAGAUCAACGAAACAUGCAUGCAUAAACUAAACACCCCAAUUAAUUUUGAGAUUACCUGUUUCUGCACUCUUCCUUUUUGAUGAUUUUGCACCCGCCCAAACUCAGCUCCAAUGUAGUGGUUUCGGUUUAUUUCA